GAACUAGACCUUCGAUCUCUCAGCCGGCGUAUCGUUCAAAUUUAAACUAUAAUCAUGUCUAACGACACCGGUGCCACUGAUAGUAUAGUGACAGUUGUGUGUGAGAAGUGGAAGAGGAAAAAUGGGUUGCUGCGCUAAAGUUGGAGCUGUUGUUGCAGUGCUUUUAGCUGUUUUAGUUGUCUAUAGUACAAAAUCUUUAUUUCAAACACCCAAGGUGCCAGAUUUGGGCGAAAAAUGGUGGAAAGUGGCCAAGCCGGCAAAAGUGGAUACUAGUAUCAAACCGUUCAAAAUUCAAAUUUCAGAUGAAAUUUUAAAAGACUUGAAGGGCAGACUAGAUCGUAGUCUUCCAUUUCAACCACCCCUAGAUGGCGUGAAACAACAUUACGGAAUGAACACUAAUCUCCUGAAUACUAUAGUGGACUAUUGGAAGAACAAAUAUGACUGGAGACAAAGGGAAAAGUUUUUCAACCAGUAUCCACAGUUUACUACCAAUAUCCAAGGACUUAACAUCCAUUUCCUUCAUGUCAAGCCUACUGAGACCAAAGGACUGAAGGUUUUCCCGAUGUUGAUGUUGCACGGAUGGCCAGGCUCUGUUAGAGAAUUUUAUGAAAUGAUCCCACUUUUGACCAAACCGCAGAAGGGAAGAGAUUUUGUAUUUGAACUGAUUAUUCCAAGUUUGCCAGGUUAUGGAUUUUCUGAAGGUGCUGAAGUAUCUGGACUUGGUGCACCCCACGUAGCCGUCAUUAUGAAGAACCUUAUGACUCGAUUGGGAUUCCAGAAGUACUACCUUCAGGGAGGUGAUUGGGGUGGCAUAAUAGUAGCCAACUUAGCAUCAUUAUUCCCAGAAAAAGUGCUGGGAGUCCAUUCCAAUAUGUGCUUUGCCAAUAGUCCUCUUUCUCAUCUAAAAUUAGCAUUGGGUAGUUUAAUGCCAUCUUUGAUUGUUGAAGCCGACAAGCAACAUCUCGUUUAUCCCAGAAUGAAAAUUUUUGGAUUCCUUCUACUGGAAAGUGGUUAUAUGCAUCUUCAGGCGACUAAACCGGAUACCGUUGGUGUCGCUCUACGUGAUAGCCCUGUAGGUCUUGCAGCUUACAUCAUAGAGAAGUUCACCACAUGGACCAAUCCAUCAUGGAAAGACUUGGAAGACGGAGGAUUGACAAAGAAAUUUACUUUGGAAAAGUUGUUGGACAACGUUAUGGUUUACUGGGUUACCAGAUCUAUCACCACCUCCAUGAGGUUGUAUGCAGAAACAUUUAAUUCCGAAAUCUACGCCUUGAACGUUGAUGGUCUUCCCGUAGAUGUGCCCAGCGCAUGCUCUCAAUUUGAACACGAAAUUACAUAUCUACCAGAAUCAAUCCUAAAGGAAAGGUAUCGCAACUUAUUGUUAGCAAGCUCGCAUACAGACGGUGGCCAUUUUGCAGCUUUUGAAGCUCCAAAUGUUCUUGCCAAAGAUACUUACGACUUUGUUGAAAAAGUUCAAGAUUUCGAAAAGCAGAAACAUAAAAAGUAAAUUUUUGUAUAUUUAUAUGGUUUUAUUAUAAGUAAAUUUUAAUAAAAAGUUUUGUUUUU